AAUUUUUUUUUUCCUGUUAUUUCUUCUGGGAAAAAAUGAUUUUAAAUAACAGCAGUCCUAGGCUCGUAUCUCAUGGUAUUACUGUAUUACUAUUUUACUGAUAAUAUUAGUGAUAAACUUGUUUAUGACUUUAUGAGUUUGGCAUUUACGCUAGCUAGCUGGAAAGUACUGUACGUACACUGUGGUGUUUUGUUCUCCUAAAAUGGCCUCCCCUUUUCCUCACUUUUUUUACUAUCCCAUUUUGGGUAUUAAAAUAAACUCCACUUCACUUGAAUUGGCUAGGCGGCACUGUGGCUGCCACAACCAACAUCCACCGUUCAGCUAUUACCGCAGAGGAAGUCAGUGACGGCUGUUGUCGUGUGUGGUGUGUGCCUGAAGCCCAAACGAUAGCGUUAUAAAGAGAAAAUAAUAUUUAUUUUUCGUUGGUUUUAUUGACAGUUACACGGUUGAACACAGCGCAGUUGCCAUUGUGUGCGAAACUUUCCCGAGCAGCAGGCGAUAAAGAAGGGCUGUUUCCGUUGGUUGUUUAGCAUAGUUAGCUCGUAGCUAGCUUCCUAACAUCCACAUAGGUCGCUGUACAAAGAUGAAUUUAAUCAAAGACAGGGCGUCGCACGCACAGUUGCGCGACGAUGAGAUCGUGCUGGUGGAAAACGCCAUCCGAUUAGCCAUAGAUUCAAUCAUAAACGUGCUGUGUGGUGUGAACGGCGCAAGGACACACGAGUACCAGCGGGUGGUUGCGGAAAAGGACAAAGAGAUCCAGCGGCUGGAAACUCGGCUGAAGAGAAUAGAAGAUGAACAGCGAGUGCUGCGCAGACACGGCUGCGCCUGCAGCUUGGAUACCGGUUCUUCGCGGAUUGCAGAUGACCAACUGCACGGAGUGGAGAUUGGCUUUGAACCGGUUGGAAUGGACGCGCAGGCGACUGCAGCGCAGCCGGAGUGCGACAUUAUCCUUUCCUUAGGACUUUUUGGCAGGCCUCCCUCACAGAUCUCUUCCCAAAGCCACGAAUCAGCUCCUCCAUCAUCCCCCAGCAGAACAUGUCUGGACCAGACCUGCACCACCAGCUGUUCAGAAUCUUCAGGUGUGCUGUUGUCAGCCAAAGACCAUACUCUAUCUCCAAACAACCUUGUAGUCAAAGAAGAGCCACGUGACAUAGACGCUGUACCAGUUAAGUCGGAACUGACCGACGAUAGAUUCAAGGAGCAUCAGGAGAGUGCAGACGGACCAUAUCAGGAAGAGGAGAGCUUCACGGGCAACGAAUACAAUAAUGAAACACAUUUUAGGGAGUACCUGCAAGCCGACCCAGGCAGUCAUCAUAUUGUAGAUGGGGGAAACCACAGGAAUAAAAAAAGGAGCAUUCCGAUGGCGGAGCUGCCAGAAGAAGCUCAAAGACUCAAGCGGGCAGCAUGGAGAGCGGCAUCCAGACGAUAUUAUGCCCGUAAAAUAGCCCGACAACAGGCCAACCCGGCUCAACCACAUUGUUUUUCUCACAUUGCAGUCUCCAAGUAUUCACACACUCAUCUAUCUGAAGAGUCUCAAAUGAUGCAGAGGGAGGCGUGGAGAGCGGCGUCAAAAAGGUACUAUGCAAAGAAAGUCGCUCGUCAUCAGGCAAACUCAAUGCAGUACGGCCACCUUCUACAGAAUAUGGAGUCACUUCGGGGUAAACGGCAAGCUGAGCAGGCGGGGUCACAUGGCAACACUGAUGGAAUAUUGUGCAGCUGAUCGACACUAAUAGGGCAUUAAAUUUGGUGUGUUUUUUUGUUGUUUUUUUUUUUUUUUAAGAAAAGUGGAAUACUUUGUCAUUGUCAUAGUUCUGCGCAAUCCUUUGUCAUCCUUCUGUUAAUGUUGUUGUUGAUGAUAUAGAUGCUGUCCAUCACGAUAACCUUCUCGCAACAUUUGACAAAUCAUAUUUUAGCCAGUACACAAAACCCAACUUUGUGAGACUACUCUUGUAUAAUGAUAUCUUGCAAAUAUGUCACCAAUAAAAAAUAUAUAUUUAUUUGA